GAAACUCCACAGCCGAAGCCGAAGCCGAAGCCCUGUAUGAACCUGAAGUGUGUGGCGAAACAUUGAAGAGAAAAAUGGGAAUGGCAUGGUUGCAGAUACAGAGAAUCAUCACCAAAGGAGGUGUUAAUCUGAUUUCAACACUUCCACACUCUAUGCCUUGUUCUUCUUCUAGAUUCUUCUCUAAAUCAUCCACCUACGUUGCGAAGGUUGGAAUACCAGAGUUUUUAAACGGAAUUGGGAAAGGGGUUGAGUCCCACGUUCCCAAGCUCGAAUCCGAAAUCGGAGAUUUCCAGAAGCUUCUUGUCACUCGCACCCUCAAGCUCAAGAAGCUCGGUAUUCCUUGCAAACAUAGGAAGUUAAUAUUGAAAUACACACACAAGUACAGGCUGGGAUUAUGGAGGCCACGUGUUGAGUCCAUCAAAGCUUGAUUGUUCUAACUAGUAAGCAGUUACAGUUUGUUAGGUCAUAUUCCAAAUGUUUAGCAGCAGCAGCAGAAUGACAAUGCUCCACUUUACAUGAAAAGAUCAAGUCACUUUCUUUAGAGACCACAGAUCUUUUCACCCCAUUUAUCUCUUGCGAACAGAUAUUGGUAUUUACACCAGUUAUGUACAAUGGACUUAUCUUAAUUUACAGUUGUUGUUUCUUA